AUUAAACUUUAAAAAAAACUAGACAAAACAACCUACGAAGCAACGAGGGUGAUCAAGUUACACUAGAAGAAACGGAGCUAACAUGUUUGGUUAGUUGGUUCCAUAUUUGAAUCUUGCUUCUCCACUAUCAAUCCAUCCUCGCAUUCUUUCUUUCUCAUCUCUUUUGUUCAUGGUGCCACCAAUAUUCUGUAAAUUCACACAUUAAAAGAACAAAAAAAAGCUGCUUUUUUACAUUACUAAAUCACUGAUUCCCUCCAUUAUAUUCCCAUGUCAGAUUGUAGGGUACUUCUCCAAAUUCUUAAACGUUGUAAAACUUCUUUGGACUCCAAAACCGUUGCUAAAACACACGCAAGGGUCAUUGUACUUGGUUAUGCCACAUACCCAUCUCUUCUAGCAUCUCUAAUAUCAGCAUAUGCACAUUGUCAUCAACCCCGCAUAGCCCAUCAUGUGUUUUCCCGAGUUAUGAAUUUGUUCAACGUGAAUUUGGUGAUUGAAAGUUUAGUGAAAUCUGGAGAAUGUGAUAUUGCCAAGAAGAUGUUUGAUAAAACGCCUGUUCGAGAUGUUGUCACUUGGAACACCAUCAUUGGAGGGUAUGUUAAAAACUCACGCUUUCUUGAUGCGUUGAGUUUUUUCCGCGGCAUGAUGAGUGCUGAGGUUGAGCCUGAUGGGUUUACUUUUGCUUCUGUGGUUACCGGAUGUGCAAGACUUGGUUCAUUUUGCAAUGCGAAAUGGGUGCAUGGUUUGAUGGUUGAGAAAAGGGUUGAAUUGAAUUAUAUACUCAGUGCUGCGUUGGUUGAUAUGUAUGCUAAGUGUGGUAGGAUUGAUGUUUCGAAGCGGGUUUUUGAAAGUGUGGUGCGCGAUCAUGUGUCUGUUUGGAAUGCUAUGAUUAAUGGUUUGGCCGUUCACGGGCUUGCUUUGGAUGCAACUGUGGUUUUUUCAAGGAUGGAGGUUGAAAAUGUUUUGCCGGAUUCUGUUACUUUUGUUGGGAUUUUGAAAGCUUGUAGCCAUUGUGGGUUAGUUGAGGUAGGUCGCGAGUACUUUGAAAUGAUGCAGAAUCGGUUUUUUAUUCAGCCACAGCUUGAGCAUUAUGGAACCAUGGUUGAUCUCUUAGGACGAGCAGGGUAUUUGGAAGAGGCGUAUUCCAUGGUUAACGUGAUGUCGGUGGAGCCCGAUGUUGUUAUUUGGAGAUCACUUUUGAGUGCUUGUAGAAUUCACGGAAAGAAAGAACUUGGUGAAUUUGCUAUUGCGAAUAUUUCGCGUCUUGAGAGCGGAGAUUUUGUCUUGCUGUCAAACAUGUAUUGCUCUUUCAAAAACUGGCAUGGUGCUGAGAGGGUGAGGCAGAUGAUGAAAAAGGGAGGAGUUCGUAAAAAGCGUGGUAAGAGUUGGAUUGAAUUUGGGAACAGCAUUCACCAAUUCAAUGCUGCUGAUCAGUCACAUGCUGAAAUGAAAGCAAUUUACAGGGUGCUGGAAGGUUUGAUGCAGAGGGCUAAACUGGAGGGAUUCACACCCUUGACGGAUCUAGUUUUGAUGGAUGUGUCGGAGGAGGAAAAGGAGGUAAAUUUAUCGUUUCAUAGCGAGAAAUUGGCUUUGGCAUACGGUGUUCUGAAAAGUAGCCCGGGAACAAAAAUCAUGAUUUCCAAGAAUCUGCGUAUAUGUCAAGACUGUCAUAAUUGGAUUAAAAUUGUGUCAAGAAUAUUAAACAGAGAGAUAAUUGUAAGAGAUCGCAUCCGUUUUCAUCAAUUUGAAGGUGGAAUUUGCUCUUGUGGAGACUACUGGUAGUUGUAUAAGAUCUAAUCUAAUGCUUUGUUGCAUGGUUGAUUGACCCUUUGGCUGUUAGACAUUCUGAUUAUAAGGUUGCUAAAAGAAAUCCAAAAUGUGCAAAGGGAAGGGAUGGUGGAUGGACGCCAAAAGAAUGACCAGCUCUCUUUAUAAACAUCAAAAGUGACACAGAAGGACGAGAAAUAAACCCAUAAGAAGAUAAAAUGGUAGCAGCUAUUGAAGUGAACUCAAAUACACAGCGAAACACCACUUUAAACAAACCCCUUUUUCUAUUCAAAAUAGUAAUUAUUAUAUACAAUUUAUAUUCCUCAUUGUUUGUGGAUACUACAUUGUGAUUUUUCUUAAACAACUCACAACACUUCUAUAUACUUUAAUGAGAGGAAAUUGAUCAAUAAAAUGAUAUUGUUACCGUGGAA